AUGUCAGAAGUAGUAUUCUAUGGGUCUGGUUCUGAGGCUAAUGAGGCAUCACAAAAGCUAGCCUAUCAAUAUCACUCCAAGCUGAAGCCGAAUCCGCAACCUCAACGCAGCUGGUUCAUUGCCCGCGAUCGCUCCUACCAUGGAGCGACUCUUGGUGCUCUCGAAACCAGUGGACACAAAGGUCGUAAAGAGAUCUAUCUACCUAUACUGCCUGAGAAGACGCAGUUCAUAUCUCCUUGCUACCCUAGCCGCGAUAUGAAGAAGGGAGAUUCUGUAGCUCAAUAUAUUGGGCGGCUUGCCGAUGAGCUGGAGCGCAAGAUUCUUGAUCUUGGACCUGACACAGUAGCAGGCUUCGUCAUGGAGCCUGUCGUUGGCGCGGCACUUGGAUGUGUUCCCGCACUGCCCGGCUACCUUACGGCGAUGAAGCAAGUAUGCGAGAAAUACGACGUACUUUUGAUUCUGGAUGAGGUCAUGUGUGGCAUGGGCCGCACUGGCUACAUGCAUGCUUGGCAGGAAGAGGACGUCGUUCCAGACAUCCAAUUGGUAGGCAAGGGCAUUGCGGGCGGCUAUGCAGCCCUCUCCGCAAUGCUGGUCGGGCCAACCAUCGUGGAUGCCAUGGGAGACAACGCGUUUGCACAUGGACAUACUUUCCAGAAUUUUCCAACUGCGUGCGCUGCUGGUCUGGCGGUCCAAGAGAUUGUCCGAGAUGACAAUCUUCUGGAGAAUGUUCGCGACAAGGGGGAGAAGCUCAUGCAGAAGCUGAAAGCUCGUUUGGGCGACCACCCCAACGUUUUCGAUAUCCGAGGAAAGGGUCUUUUCAUAGGGAUCGAAUUUGUGCAAGAUAAACACACCAAGGCAGCUUUCGAUCCAGAAGUGGCAGUGGCCUGGAGGGUACAUGAACUUGGACUGAAGGAUGGAUACAAUGUGUACACGUACCCAGGCUCCGGUACCGUUGAUGGCAUCCGCGGUGACCACAUCAUCAUCGCCCCUGCAUACAACGUCACCGAUGCCGACGUCGACUACAUCGUGGAGCGUGUCAGCAAGACCAUCAUUGAAUUCUUCGAGGAGCUCAGUGUCGUACCGAAGCUCUAG